GCAACUAUGACAACUUGUCAUGGGAACAGCUGAGCAACUCACAGAGGAGCUGUGCGCCUCAUUUCUGAAGUGAGGCUAGGAAGAGAAGAUGAACAAUUCCCUAGAUUAUCUGGCCUACCCUGUUAUCGUCUCUAAUCACAGGCAAAGCACAACCUUCAGGAAGAAACUGGACUUCGGCCACUACGUAUUUCACAAGAAUAGAAUACAGAUAGCAAAGCCUACUGUCGACACCAAACCGCCAGCGGCACACACACAUCAUAUUUUAAAACUGAGCAAACUACAGGGUGAACAAAAGAGAAUCGACAAAAUCGAAUAUGAAAACAAGCAACUGUGUCAGAAAAUUGCGAAUGCCCAUCGCGGCCCUGCCAAGGUGGAUUGCUGGAACGAGUACUUUUCCAAGAGCUUAAACAGAGAAACAAGGAACCGUGAGCUAGUGAGAAUCACCAUGGAAAACCAGGGCAUUCUGAAGAGGCUUGGUGAUCGCAAACCCCACUAUGACCGCAGGGCUUCCGAGAUGGACUGGCAGAAUUCAAGGCGCUAUAUCAGAAAUACAACAAAAUAUCUUCUCUCGCGAGAUGACUAGGUUACUCACCACGGAAAAAAAUACAAGUGAAGGCUCUAGGAUUUCUCAGCUGCUUAGAAUCUCAAGACACUCCUGAGUGGCUGUAUGCUCAAUCUUAGGAUGCUACAAUAAAGCUUGGAACAUAAAAUGAGUAAGUUACAUUUAAGAGACUGGAAGGUUCUAAAGUCCUCACCCCAAAAGGGGACAGAAAAAAAGGAAAGAUGCAAUAAAUAUUUUUUAUUUGGGGCUAUGAAAAGAAGUUUUAACGAGAGAGACCCAGCCGAUAACACAGACAGUGUCGUGCUGAACUGUGAUGCUGGGGACCACGUGGCCAUCGGGUAGGCGGGAUGCUGAAACGCAUGUCCAGGAUCCUAACAAGCUGGAGGGUUGGGAGAGGCGAGAAUCUGUCUGCCAGGACCCUGUGGAGGGUGCUGCUGUCUGUCUGUCUCUCAUGCA